AGGCCAGUCAUGCCCACAGACAGCUUGGGCGCCAUGUUCCCGAAGGCGCCAUUUGGUGCCCUGUGUGCACUGGCCCUGGUGAUUCUCUUCCACCUCCAGGGCACCCUCUUCUGCGCGGGACGCGGACCCCGCGACCGCAUAAUCCGCCGGGCAGAGGGGCUGGAGCUUCGGCCGGGACGUACCCGCUAUGUGCCAGGAAGGCGCUUGAAGGGCUGGCGGCCACGGGGGAAGCCAUACGACCCGGCGGCAGGAGCAAAGAGUCGAAGGAACAUCGGGCAGCUCUUGGUGUUGCUGGGCGCAUUGGGGAUCAUUAGCCGUGAGAGGCCUUCCAUUGAUGCACUUCCGGACAUGGAGGUGGACUCUUCAUUGCUGCUCCAAAGCAGCUCAAAGAGCCUGAGUCAAGACAUUCCCACAAGUCCGGAGUGGGCGUUUUCAACUCCAGUGAUCCAACCUGGCAGCAUUUUGAUGUCCAGACCUGGAGAUUCCUUUGCCGGGCACCAGCAGUACUUCCACAAGUCAGUGGUUUUGAUGGUCAAGGAUGAUCCGGGCGGUGACAUGGGCAUCAUUAUUAAUCGUCCCACUGGCUUCAACACUCACCAGUUGGGUCUUAAAGGGCCAUCCUGGAACAUUUGGUUUGGUGGCGAUUGCGAAGGCAUCCGCGACGCACACGUCCGUGGGAUUCGUACCUUUUGCCUGCAUGUGAGGGAUGACUUCGGUGACCUCUCACGAGAAGUCACUCGUGGGGUCUAUUUAAUGAGCUUUGACCAGGCGCAGGAGCUCGUGAAUCAGGGGCGAGCGCACACCUCCGAUUUCAUGUUGUUCUUGGGCUACUGCGGCUGGAUUCACAACCAGCUGCAGGGAGAACUCAAUGUGGGGGUUUGGAAGAUGGCUUCCGUCGACUCACGGAAACUGAUCCGGGAGCUGCGGGAGGAAACCAUGGAACUGCGGCGUUUGCCACAGCUGGGCUUGGACGACGGCAUCGGGGUUUGGCGGCAUUUGUAUGCGGUCGUGGACGAAUCUGACCCCUACAACGAUCCCUUCGACACCAACAUGCUGGACACGAACAGCGUGGAGGGCGAUGCCUUGGGUGACGCCAUGCUUCGCCAGUGGGUGAUCCAGAACCUCACGCCCUGACGCGGAAACCUGAGUGGUAGCAGAAAUCUGCGCCAGGUUGAGGAUUUCUGGAGCAAUUGAGCUGGCACAAGCCCGCGUGCAGCCUUUUCCCUGUCCAGAAGUGGAGGUGCUCAUGCCCAAAAGUGGCAGUCCAGUGAUUCGCAUUGGCUCAAACUAGUAGCUUGUGAAGGGCUAUUAGUCGGUUUAUGUGUCCCUGCCAUCUUAGCGACAGGUUGUACAAAGUGCUUGGUGCAUGUGAGGAGCAUGCAUAAGUGAGUAUCGAGCAUGUGUC